CACCUCUUUCACUGUCACUUUCCCCCUCCCUCCAGUUAGCAGCUCAGUGCUGAGAAGGGACGUCUCUGCUGCUCUGAACAGCUCACAUCCUCCAACAGUCAUUCUCAGGCUCUGACCAGCCUCGUCGUUCUCACCUCCAAGCUCUCCCACAUUUCUGGAUCAGAUGUGCGAAGGGAUUUUAUUGCGGAUUUUUCUCGGUCUCUUGCACUUAUAUGCAAAUGUUGCAGGUACGUUAUGGCUUGACCCACCAAAGGUUGUGGUGCAUCACGGAGAUUCUGUCUCUGUAAACUGCAGCACAAAUGUCACAAACCAUUUGCUGGACUGGGAGAAGCCUCAGGGAACCAGCAAGAAGACAGAUGAUAAGAAGAUCACCUGGACAGUGGAGCACCUGACAGAAUGGGGCACAAAGCCAUUUUGCUACAUGAUUGAUACUCAAUAUAAUCAGCAUAAAAUUGAGUUCAACAUUAUUAUAUACAAGACUCCAGACAGGGUGUCCAUCAGCACUGUGGGUCACACUGAGCUGAUGAUUGAGGGUGGACAGUAUGAGCUCCAGUGUGACAUUCAGAAUGUUGCUCCUGUUGAGUUCCUCACUGUAAGCUGGUUCAAAGGAGACACUCUAGUGAAAAACAUAACCUUUACUGACUCCAUCAAGACUCCAGUGAAUCAGUCAUCUAUACUCCAGAUCUCCCCCAGCAGAGAUGAUGAUGGAGUUCAGUACAGGUGUGAAGCAGAACUGGAUCUGGGACCAGAAGGACCUCAACUUCCUCUUACAGUGACAUCAGAGCCCCUCAACAUUACUGUGUGCUAUCCACCUGUGAGCAUUUCGGAGCUGCACAAUAAGUCAGUAGAUUUUGGUUACGAUGAGGUGCUGAAGUGCUCUUCUGAUGCCUGGCCUCGCCCACAAUACAGAUGGGAAUACAUUCCAGCGCCCAAUGUGAGGACUGAGGACAUUGAUGGAGUGUCUCUGCUAUACAUAGAUUACGCCACUGGACUUAACACUGGCACAUACAAAUGCACUGCUACCAAUAAGCUGGGAGAAACUUCACAAUCUGUCAGAGUUGAUGUGCGCAGUGUUGGCAAUACCAAUACCAGUUAUCCAUAAUGUGAUAAAGUAUUCAACAUGGCGGUGGCCGAUGGAACAGGAGCUGAAACUCGGUAUGUCCGUCAUCAUAUAAUUGGGUAAAAGGGGACCAUUUGGGAAACUUCAAGGCUUUAGGCCUGACUGAGAGCAACUCUUGCUGAUGUCAACAAGUUGCGCAGGAGGGACAUCUUUGUGGACUGAAUCUCACCAGUGCCACUGUGUUCAGUUCAGUUUCUGAAACCAUACAAGCCUGCAUUAAAAUAGUGUUGAUUUGUUGUGAUGAAUCAGAAAUUGUGUAUGUAAACUGACUAGUUUACACAUAAUUUGUGUAAAGAUAUAACUGCUUUCAAACAUGUUGGUGUUCUCAGCCCCACCACUAUCUCUCUCUCUCUCCUCUACUCUCUACUUAGAGUUCUAGCAUGCUGAUUUUAUUUGAGCUUUUGUCAUAGUUAAGCUUUUGUAUGUGAAGUUAUGCAUGUUUGUGCGAACAAAAACUGUUUCUGAGAUUGAGAUUAUUUUUCUCUACUCUUAUCCAGAUGUUUUGCUUUUUCCAUGUUCCUGAAAUGCUGAAAAAAAAAAACUUUUUCUUAUUAAGUUUUGUAAUCUCUUUUACUUUUGAAAUUCGAUGUGUAAUCGUUUCUUUUUAGUUUCGGGGUAUAUCACAUUCUAGAAAUUAUGAAUGGGUGUUCAUCUUAGUUAUGCCGUGGCAAACUACCCAACACUAUCCAUCCUUCCACUGUGAGAAGACCACUCAACACUAUGGGUCUGAAAGGACGUGCAGUUGUCAAGAAGCCUCACUAAGAAAAGGAAAAAAAAAAAAAGAA